CAUCAUUAUCUGAAAAGUUAGAUCAUUCAUGGAUAUCAGCCAACUGACAGACUUACUGUCAGCAUCGAGAAUGAAGAUCAAGACUCUGUCAUACACACCAUCGCCUGCCCCUUUCUUCAAACCUCUUUAUCAACAACAUGAUGGCAAUCUUCAGGAAUGGCUUUCACCCAAACGUACAUUUCAGCUAACCUACAAACCCGAGGAGACCCUGACAACUGAUGCAGUGAUUGUUGUACCGAAAUCCACAUACACAAAGGACCCAGAGGAGAACCAGGACCUACACAACCCUCCAGUAACACAACUCGUAUUCACUCAAAAUCAAACCUCCUACGUCUGCCUACCUGGGAUGCCCGAGGCACCCCCUCCUGUUACUAUAGUCGGUCCAGGACAAACUUCUUACACUCGGCUGCCCUGUUCAGUCUGGGAGGUCAACAUGGGAGAAGUAGAGGACUUCUCUACUCAAGUGAAAGAUGAAUUAAACACCAGCCAUGGAGACUCUGGCUGCAGCAGUGAGGACCCAACCCUGAGCCCAGAUUGCAGUCUACCAAACAGUCCUGUUGAAGAUGGUCCACCAAAAUGUUUCUGUACUGAUUACUGCAUCCUCAACAAAACAGCAGAUGGAUUUGCUCCUGUUUUAGUUUCCAAAGGAAGCAGCCUUAAUGCUCCAUCUGAGUCCCAACAGGAGGAUGAGUGGUCAAACAUUCUAUAAAGGACUGUAAUGAAGCUACUGGACGAAAUCAGACGAGAUGCUUUCAUUUUCAUAUGCAGUUUUGCUCUAUGUUGCAUCUUCUAGAUAGAUCUUCUUAUUCAGCCACUGCAGGUCUAGCUUGUGUAUAUGCCUUGAAUCCUUGAAUUUCAAACCUACAACAAAUUUGAACACACCUCAUGAUCUCUUUUACUAAAGCAGACUAAACACAGCAGAGUUCAUAUGUACAUUAGGCCUAGACUUAUUGCAUAUAUUGUGCUUGCUGCCGAAUGAGAUGACAUUUAAGCAUGCUGGAAUGACAGUUCUUACUUGCUUUCACUAUUUUAAUGUAUAGACAACCAUUUUCUUUUUUCUUAAAAUGACAAGUUACACAAGCAGCUUUGCAAUGUUUCUGUGGCUUCAGAGAAAUGCUUUUUUGCUUUGUGCUUGAAAGUCAUCCUUCUUUGCAAUAUUUUGUGGUUAUUUUUUCAAUAU